CGAGAUACAACUGUAGUUCUAAUAUUUAAUACAAGACGGGAAUUAUACGAAUGAAACGCGAUAAAUUAUUGAUCGUAAUAAACGGAACAAACUGAAAACACUUGUGAGAAAUGCGCAAGUUUGUUUGGUUUCGUAUUCUGCUCACAGAAGGGAUAAGGGUCUCAUGUUUUCUAGAUCUUUCAUUGAUUUUAUAAGUCUACCUGCAAGAUUAUAAUUUAUAUUUAAUAAAGUGUUAGCAAUGUCUCCCUCGAGUGGAACUGAUGAAAACUCAAGUCCGCGCAAAUUAAGUCCAUUUGUGUUUUGGGCUCAAACAGAAAGUAAAAUUUCUCUAAGAGUUCAUUUGAGUGUCUUAUCGAAUCCCAAGAUUACUGCUUCUGAUGAUUCAUUAGAGUUUUUUGCUCAUGGCGUUGGGGCAAAUACAGGAAAAAAUGAAUAUUAUUUUAAAUUCACUUUCUUCAAAGAAAUUGACCCUAAUGUGCAUGUUUGCAAAAAGCAAAUGGAAGUUGAAAUAACAAUUAAUAAAAAUGAAUUAGAAUGGUGGCCAAGAUUGAUAAAAGAUUCAACUAAACCUGCAUGGCUAAAAUUAGAUUUUGAUAGAUUGAAAACUGAUGAUGAUGAUGAAGAAGAAGAAGAAAGUGAAGAAGGAUUAGAUCAUAAACUAUAUAAUGCAUCAGAAACUCUUUCAAAAAUCAGAAAUCGUCAAAAGAAAUACAGGAAAAGAGUUGAAGACUUCAGAAAAAUAUACUUAUUUUUAUACAACUUAUCUCAAUUUGUUGGAUUCUUAUAUGUUCUCAUUGUUUUAAAUAUACACUAUGCAAAAGAAGGUCCAGCAUUUAUGGAAAAAGCCUAUUCAGUUGUGCAAUUUGCUUUUACAUUUUGUCAACUAUUUCAAAUUCUUGAAAUCAUUCAUCCUUUAUUGGGAUAUACUUCUGGAAGUGCACUUGGACCAUUUAUUCAGGUUUGUGGGCGUUUAAUCAUCAUUUUUGGAAUGAUCAAUUCUGAGCCUCGAAUUCAGACCAAACCCAUUGUGUUCUACUUACUGUGUAUUUACUCUAUUAGUGAAGUCAUAAGGUAUCCAUACUAUAUGUUGAAAGUAUAUAAUGCACAGAUUGGUUUUUUAACUUGGUUAAGAUAUACUGUUUGGAUUAUUCUUUACCCUCUUGGAUUCUUCUGUGAAGGAAUUGUAAUUUUACGUAACAUUCCAUACUUUGAAGAAACUAAAAGAUUUAGCAUCUUUCUUCCAAAUAAGUGGAACAUUUCUAUUUAUUUUCCUAAUAUAAUGAGGAUAUAUUUGCUGAUUGGAUUGUUUCCAUUUCUAUAUUUUAUGAUGACUUACAUGUAUCGACAAAGAGUAAAGAUACUAGGAAGUGGUAAACGCCAGAAAGAGGACUAAAACUUUUCUUAUGCUAUGCUCAUUUUUAUCAACAGACGUCAUUUUUCAUGAAUAUAUUUAGAGUUUACUUUCAUCUCUUCAAAUAAUAUACAAAACAAAAUUUUGAAAUGUCUAGCUACUUUUAGCUAUCUAUCUAGUUGACUUUUUCCAACUAUUCCUGUUGGAAGGAUAAUUUGUGUAAACAAUAUUAAAAUCACUGAAAAGGAAAUAAAUUAUUUUUAUUUCCUGUCAA